AUGGAGGCGCACGGCGCAACUGGACUCGCGCUGCUGCCCGAGGAGCUCGUCGACCUCGUGUGCUCGUUCGUCGUCGACUUCGAGGUCCAAGACACGAUCACGACCCUGUGCUCACUCGCCCUCACGUCGCGCCAAUUCCUCGAGCCCGCCCGUCGCGCUCUCCUGCACGACCCGAGCCGCAUCUUGUCGACCCGCAGCCCCGUACAUCCCGAGUACCUUCUUCAUCGCAUCAUUCGGCAGCCUGAGCUCGGGCGGCACGUCAAGCGCCUCGACGGCAUCGUCGACUUGUUCGACCACGAGGAUCUCUUCUAUCAUCGCAAGCCGGUCUUCGUCUUCACGAACUGGGCGUUCACGCUCAUGCGGUCCUGCCCCAACCUCUUCAGUGUCGUCAUCUGGCCCAAUCUCGACGAUGGAUGGCUCGACGAGCUCCUGCGCCUGCCUCGUCUUCGCCACGUCGGCAUCCAGGCUCGUUACAGCGACUUCUACGAGGACGACUAUGACUACCGCCCUUUCGAUACCCUUCGCGCGAUCUGCCAGCGAGGCCUGUCGCUCGAUUCGCUCGCCUCGUCUUGCGAUUUUGAGGCGCCGCCGCACCUCUCGGCCGUCGCGCCGCGUGUCGCCUCGGUCUACCUCGACCACGUCCGCUAUGGGAUCUUGAGCAUCGGCAAAGGUGUAGACCUCACGCACGUUCGGCACUUGUCGAUCAGGGCGCAGUCGCUGCACGCCAUGGUCCGUCUGCCGUGCGGCCUCGAGACCUUGAGCCUCGAGAAAUGCUUCCCGGCAACGGUGCCUGUCAACCCGCACUAUCCAGAGGACGACCUCUGCUGGGCCGACCUCUUCGGCCAGUCGGAUCGCUUUGGCGCCCUGCGCAGUGUCCGCCUUGCCAACGUUCUCGUUCGGAGGGCCGACUUUGCGCAGCUCUGCGCAGCGGCGCCCAACCUCGAGCGCCUCGAGCUGCGCGAGUGCCUGUGGUGCGACGGCUACUUGUGCCGACCCGAGCAGGACGCCGCCCUCGUCGAGGCGCUCUCCGGCCUGCCCCGACUGCGGUUCCUGCACCUCGGCGAGGUUCCUUACCAAGGCGAGACGAUCCCUCGCACGCGCAACCACUGUCGCCUGUUCGGCCUCGAGGCCGACGACUCGACGCAGGACCGCCUCAUCUCGUUCUUCUCGUCGUCCAGCCCGACACCUUCCCUGUCCUCGGACCGCUCCUCGUCCUCGUCUCGAGACCACGUCGUCGUCCCGAGCUUUCCUUCGCACCCGGGCCUCCGCCGCACGCCCUCGCCGACGCCGCCGCCCGACGACGCCGACCUCGCCGCCUCGGCCACCACCAUCGUCGCACGUACGACGGCCGACACGCAGCAGUACGUCGAUGCGCCGGCGGCGCAGCCUCGGCUCGAGCCAGGGUUCGAGGCGCAAGACGACGGCGUCGACGACGAGCUCGACGACGCGGCACCGUGGGACGGUUGGGGCAGCGAGUGCGAAAUGAGCGAGGCAGACAGGGCAUGGUGCGAGUGCGACGAUGAGGGCGUGUGGGAGUGCACGAGGGCGCUCGUCGAGGAGGGCUGA